GAUGAAUCAGCGGCCUAUAGGGAGGAGGAGACUAUGGUAUAAAUAUAUAAAUGCUACUUUAAAACAAAACAGAGGAGGGGGGAAGGGACCGAUUGCUCUGUUUUCGCACCCGAAGGCCAUUAUGGGGAUAUGCGCUUUGAAUUUCCUCUCUCUCAAUGUUUCACUCUGUCUUCUUCUCUUUUCUCUCUUCUUCAGCAGUGCCCCAUCGGCCGCUGCUUCUGCAGAGUUGAUUUCUACUACUCCAAGACAAGAUUUAGACAGAUGUGAGUUCGUGAAAUGUGGGGAAGGAACAUGCAAUACUUCCACCGACUCUGUUUUGGGUUUUCAUUGUGAGUGUAAACCUGGAUGGAAAAAGCUUAAGAUUGGUCACUUGAGCUUUCCCUCUUGCGUUGUUCCUAACUGCACAGUUAAUUUCCAAUGCGGCAACGACUCUGCACCGCCGCCUCCUCCACCGCCGGCUUCUACCAACGAGUCGAGCUCAGACCCCUGUGCAUCAGCUUGGUGCGGCGACGGAACCUGCGUCGCUCACGGAGACGGAUUCAAAUGCGCAUGCAAUGAAGGCUCCACCAAUCUGUUGAACAAAACAUCCUUGGGUUGUUUUAAACAAUGCUACUUUGGUGAAGAUUGCGGCGGCGUGAAGUACGGUGACUUUCCAAAUUCACCACCAUCUAGUGCUUCAAUGAAUAGUUCAAAUAGUUCAGCUGGAGUAGCAAGCUGUUGCUCAAGGAAAGUGGGAGCCCUACCCAUAGUAAUGCUUACAGCAAUCUUCUUGAAAUGGGUUUAGUCCUAUGAUUUAGGUUAAGGAUUGUUGCUUUUCUGCCUUGUUUGCUCCUUGUAUUUAUACAAUAACCAAGCUUUGUAUUGAACUUCUAUGAAAUAUUUUUUUGGGGCACCUUUUAAUUACCAUCUUUAUUGAUCUUUGUUUCUUAAAAGAUAAUGAUGUGUUU